CUCAGACAGUUCCUCGUACUGCUCGUACUGCUGCUCCACCGAGGUGUUAGCUCUGGCAAAUCGCCACUGAAGCGUCAGCCCAACUUCUCUUACUAGAGGGUUAUAACCCUUCACGACGUCGACGAGCAAAAAGACUAUCCGCCGUUAUUCACCCUGUCGUCCUCAGUCUCACCGAUCUCACCUUCUGGUUCUCAUUGAGCUCGAAAUCCCUCGACAACAUCCUCGCCUGUCAUGUCUGAUGAACCCACGAUUUUUCGCCCGCGUCCACGGCGCGUGUUCGACCUUACCCCCGAAGAGCCCUCCUCCCCGGCCGAACCAGCUAAUCCGGACCUGCUGAAUCCCCGCGAGGCCAAUUCGACGAACGUGAGCCGCAAUGUCUCGAUCAUGAACCUGACAUCGCCGACCCUUUUCGGCAUCUAUUCACCGACCGCAUUCGAAGGCUCCCGCGACGACUCCUCGCCUUGGGGCACGGAAGCCAACUCUCCAGAAGCUUUGAAUGCUGGCGUUCGACCAGUCAUUCAAGGUCCGGCCCCGGGGAAGCUGCAGCGGACGCGGUCGCGCCUCAGUCAGGGACUCUUCCGCGGGGUCAUCCUGCCCCAGGCGCUCAAGAGCGCCUUUCUGCUGGGCUUUGGGGUGGUUUAUGGAAUCAUCACGAUACACUUGCACGAGAAUCAUUGGAUCACUCCGGUGAAGCUAGAGAACGUCCAUUACUACGGAUCCUGGCAAUACCUGGCAUUCUGGGGGGUUGCGGGAGUUAUCCUAGGCAACGUCCUCCCGUGGUUCGAUCAAUUUUCCGAUGAGCUGUUCACCAGCGGCAAGCAGAGUGCCCCCUCGACAAGUGACGAGGACACGGUCGAUCGUACACUGUCCUGGGUUGCGGCGGUCCGCAGCGUCGGGGCUUUUGUUGGAAUUGCAUUCGCUAUGCGCCGACUCCCCUGGGAAUCUACGACCCAGGCUUCGGUGACCCUUGCCCUUGUGAACCCUGUUCUAUGGUACCUCAUCGACCGCACCCGGACAGGGUUCGUCCUGUCGUCCAUUGUUGGAUUGGCCGGGAUGGGCGUUGUGUUGGGCGUCAACCCCGAUCUGGUGCCAUCCUCCCUGGAGCCCUCGAGCCCCGCCAUCCUGUUGUCGAAUGUCACGGGGCGAGAUUUUGGCUGGGACUUCGGAAUGACGCAGGAAAGCAUUGCUGUGCGGACAUGGAUUGCCAGUGUGCUGUUCUGCGCCUGCGUUUGCUUCGGAAAUAUUGGGCGACAGUUGGCCAUUGGCAACUCCAGCAGAGAAUCGCUCAAGAAGUGAGCGUUUUUGAGCCGGCGACUUUUACCUCCCCUUUCACGAUAAUUGACCAUCAUCGCUAGUAAUGCCUUUGUAUACACCGCUCUCGUCUUUUGCUCUCAUGUUUCGGGCUUCUCCCCUUCUCCAUAUGAAUUUCCCCCAGUAUUUUCCAGUAGGACAGAAUGGUCUGAUACCAGAUAGAAUUGAUACCAUGAGCGCAGCGGAUCUAACGACCGCAGCGACGAAAGUGAGGGCUUGGUUACGUUUAAUUGGGUACUACGACGCAAUUUCAUCAAGAGGC